UCUGUUGAAUGUUUGUGGGCGCGGCGCAUCUUCCUGUUUAAUGUCUUUCUUGUCUCCGCUCUCUCCAGCACGAGAACGAGAUGUUCUCAGUCAGUGAGUCAGAAAGAACGUGAUCGGCAUUAUCUCGUCCCAAUCCAUUAUCAAAAGAAACUUGGGACAAACGCGCGUGAGCCACACAUGCACUUCAUGUCUCUGGGCUAUCUCAAUCAGAGUCCAUCAAAAGGUUGUCUUUGCCGUUCUAAAAGAAAAACGAGGGGCUGCUGGCUUCCUUGUCUCUGUCGGAAUCCAUUGAUUGCAUUGUUGCCUGACAUGUCAUUCGCUCGGCUGCUCAUCUUGAGCUGGGCACGUUCACGUCUGGAGGAAAGGCUUGUCGGCCCACUCGGCGAAUUUGGCCGAUCCUGCCCCACAAGACACAUCCAGCACCCCUUGCCAUGAACCUGAUUGGUCAUCUGCACAACUACCAUACCGGGCAGGUAGUAGUUGUAGCGAGUCUUGGUGCCGCCCUCGUUGACGAUGACCGAGGCCGAGUAGUCCUCCGCUGGGAGGAUCUUCGUCUGCAAGCCCUUGCCCUUCGGCAGGUUGGUGACUUUCACUGCCUGCAUCCAUCCAUCCAUCCAUCCAGUGAAUGAAUCAUCACGGAAGUCCAUGCCUGUGGCUGGCUCUGCAAUGUGCAGGCAUACCGUCCCUUCCUGGGUGCACAUCUUUGCGCCGUUUUCUGAGAGCAGGGAAGCCAUGACAACGCGGUCUUCGGCGCACAGCUUCUCUGCGGUGGAAAAGCCGAUGCACGCUCCGUCCAGAGUGGCCUUGCUGUCACCGAAAUCCACCUGCAUGAGGCAAGCAAGGAAAAGAAGAGCACCAGUCACGCAGACGACUGAGACGCAGCAUCAGCAAUGUAAUGUAGAACCUCGAGGACGUCCGUUUGAUGCAGUCCGACAGCGCAGAUUUGGGAAGCCUCGCAGCCAGUAAUCGCUUUCUGCGGAACGUAGUAGAAGUUCACCGUGUUGGCCGAUUUGGUGUGCUUGCGCGUCAUCUUGAUGCUGCAGGGAGCUUCUGCAUGUGCGCACACGGACACAUCGAACUUGGCUGCGUGUUGGCCAAGGAUGGGCAGCUCUGCCCUACCAGCUGGUUUGCUCGGCUUGGCUGGUUUGGCUGGCUCUGGGGCGAGAGGGGCCAUCUCUGUAUGUGUCAGCAGAUAUACAAAUGACUGAUGUGUGCACUGUUUUUGAGCCAGUCAUACGCGUACCGAAGGUCUCUGUGUCGAUGUCCGAUUUCAGCUGUAUACCAAGGAGACACGGUGACAAUUCAGUGUCAUGCGCACAACCACAGAUGGAUGACUUACGUGGCAUCCGAAGUCUCCGGUCUCUGAGUGAUAGCCGCAGAGACACUCCUCAGACAGCCAGUCGGGCUCCUUUCUGCCCGUUGUCGACCUGUAUACACACAGAUACGGGUCAGCAUGUAUAUGUAUCCUUCUGUGUGUGGCGCAUGUAAGUACCUGCUGCGCUCAGUCCCGCAGAUCUGCUUGGUCAUCGUGGCCAUGGCUGAGACACACAUACAUGCGCACAAAUCACAAAUACGUCAGUGUCUCGUUCCUGUGUCUCGUUGCCAUGUUCGUUACCGGAGCAUUUUUUGCCCUUCUUGGUCAUCACGGGACAGGUGUUCUUGAUGCGGAUUUCCUUCUCGGGAAGGUUGGCCGCAACCUGGACACGCACACACAGACGGAGAGAGGAGGAUGUCUUUCAUGUGUGCCGCGUAGGCGUGAUUGUAUGGAUGCAGGUGCUCACACCUACAUGGCAUCCGUAUUUGCCGGUGUCUGUAUGCUUUCCGCAACGACACUCCUCGUUGAUGCCUGCCAGCAGGUCCGGCUUCUUCUCGCCACUACGUAAGAGAGAGACACGUGUGAGCACAUGUGCGGGAGAUGCGUGAGAUGCAAACUGUUUGGCUACCCAUCCACGUAGGCCCGGGCCGACCCACAGAUGGUGUCAUCGUGACCCGAAGCUGUAAAGGCCCAUCGCAGAAAAUGCACACGCGAAUGCCAGUGUGAGAAUGUGCGUAUGUACUGUGUGUUGUACCUCCGUGGUGUUGUACCUCCACACAUCUGUUUCUCAUCGUCCAAGAUCAUGUAUGGGCAAGUAUCGUCUCCCGACUUCAGGUCGCUGAUGAGCUGCACGCAGAAACGUGAAACGCACACAUGAUCCACACGUGGCUUCUGCAUCCGCAACGUGUGCAAGUACAUGGCAGCCGAAUUUGCCAGUGUCGCUGUUCACGCCGCAUCGGCAGUUCUCGGAACGGAAAUCAGGCGUCUUUUCCCAGUCGCCGGCCUUCUUCGCGCCACAGACGAGGGACUUGCCGGGGUGGUCCGAGCACUUGGGGUGGUCCAUCGUGACAGGGCACGUGUCAUCAUCGGAGCCUGCAAGCACGGAAUCGCAAAAGUCGCCAACACAGCACAAAGCAUAGCGCCGCACGUCGUCACCUUCAGACGAAACCAGGUCUGUCACCUUCUGCUCACGUACAGUAAGAGAGGCCAAAGGAAAGCCGACAUGCGUCAAAGGCAUCCCAUGUUUCUCUUUUUCUGCUCACGCACCUGACAGCCGAACUCAUUGUGGAAUUUGUCGUAUCCGCAUCUGCACUGAGUUGUCUUGCCAUUCUUGCCCUUGACAUCGCCGCAGAGCCGCCCUUCGUCUGCAUGUCAGUGCAAGCGGAGGGGAUGAUAUGCCAUUGCCCGCCUGAACAGCCAUGACAUCUGUGUGUGUGCCCGCUGACUGAGGUCCGGGUCAUCGCACUCCAUGAAGAUGUUGUAGUCCUGGAGCGAGGCAGCGUAACACGAGCCACCGCCCAGCUCUGUCUGGCCUGUGCAUGCAUUCAGGGGACAAGAGCAAGGAACUCAAGCCAUGCAUGAAUUCGAUGCAUUCUUGAGAACGCUUCACCGAAUUCGAGAGCAGUGGUUUCAUCAAGAAAGUUGCCGUUGCACUGGCAGAACAACACGGCGAAAAGCAAAAGAGACGCCGCAAAGGACUGAAGAGCUGUCAUUGUGAUGAAAAUGGGGUCUGAAGGAGGCGUGGAGAAACUACUGUGCAGUGGGGGCCGGCGAGAGAGCGGUUUCACGGAGGCGGCAACUGCCCAGAUCGUCUCAGCAUGGGAAUUGACACGUCAGGAAUGGCAUCUCAUCACGAGAGGCUUGCUGAGGAUCCCAAGACAGGCAAGUCUAUUCUCGUACUUCCAAGAGACACCGCGGUUUUUGUAUUACUAACUUACAGUGUAUUACUAAAUUACCAGAAUGUACAAUGAAUACACUGUCAUGCAUUGCACCAGGAAUACACAUUCACAGCAACAUCAACCUCCCCUCGCACAUUCAUUCAUUCAUUCAUUCGCGUCUCCUAUGAACGCAUAAAAAUGCAUCCAUGGAAACGAUUAGCAGCCCUGCAAAAACGAGUCAGAGACCAGGGCGGGUGUCCACAAAGACGAGCAUCAAUCAUCUGCCCCCUGUCACCAGUGCAUCUAGCCUGUGUGAUGCAUCAGGGAAAGUGUGCCGUAGAAUGGCCUGCAUGACACUGAGGCACAGAUGGCGACACACCACACGCUGCCGCAGCAGCAUCAGCACCAACGCCAUCCCGCGACCAACACCCAACAAACCUGCCAUACAUACAGACAGACAGACAUACAGACACAUACACACAUCAACACAGCACCGAUGUGUUGUUAGGUCACACAUCAGUCACCUUACUCACCGGCGAGCACCCGAAAGAAGACCUCUGCUGCUAAUGGGAAGCGCCAGGGAACGAGGGGCAGGUGGGUGUCGUGUGGCGCCUCUGCCUCGUCCAAUGCGGCCAUGACAGCCUCGAGAGUGAAACCAGCCAACGCGGGCAGACUCGCACUCUCGACCUGACGAAUUGACGGAUGCACGCACCGACUCAUCAUGGAAUGGCGUCGCUUACCUGUGUGAUCAUGCGAGCGACGCUCUUGUCUGCCAGACAGGCCCCCAUGAGCUGCCUGGUCAGCCACCUCAUCUGAUGAAAGCGGAAAGGUGUGACACACACACGUGGGCGUAUCCAUCAACGCGGUCAGUCGGUCGUUUCUGUCUGUCUGUUCAGCUUCAGAUAGAUACCGUGUGCGAGAGGCCCAUCAGUGUCCCCAUGAGCUGAACCGCACUCCCCACCACAUCUGCCCCGCCACCACCGCCACCUUCACCCCCUCCCCCCAGCCCAUCUUCUCUCGCCUCAGCGUGCUCACCAGUGGCCCCUUCACUGCUGCCCUUGACCACCCCACGUCGCCGAAUGCCAUGAGGGGCGUCGUGCAGCUCACGGCUGGCGUGAUGACGACAGGGCGGCUCGCGUUUGAGUAGUGGGCGGGGCGGGGGGUGCUGCAGUGCACGUACAUCGGCCUGGCGCCGUAACCAUGCUCGCCCCUCCAUCUGACCAUUCACAGACAGAGACACAACGAGCAUCCAGUCACAAUAGGCUGUCAGUGGAUGCCCACCUUUUGAGGGUUCCACCAUUGAGAGAGCGCUCCCUCCCCCUCGAGCAGCUCGGCAGGCGCCGACGAGCGAGGCGCCAACACACUGAUUAGAGAACACCAGGCACACGGGAGACAUGUGUGCGCCAAUGUGCAGUGGCGGCUGUCCGCCGGCGGGGUGGUUUGCAUACUCGUUGAACACAGCAGAGGGAGGCGGCCUCGCCCGCAGCAGAGUCUCCAAAAGGAACCUCUGGACGGCACAUACCCACACACAUAUAUCCACACAAAUGAAUGCCGAUGUAUCCCUCCCUACGUAUCUGUCUGUCUCGUACCGCUUUGUCAAAUGCCAGCAUCCUCUUUCCCCUCCUUCUCCGCCCCCCGGGCAUCAGCACCGAUGCCUCGUGCACGUGGCUCAGUGCACCGUACAGUGGCCCGUCCACAAAGGGCGACAGCAUCAGCCGCUGACUCCACAACAGACGCUCCCUCUCCUGCUGACGGCUGCUGACGCGCACGCCGCCCACUCUCCUCUGCCUCAGAAACACAUGAUGGUCGGCCGUCUCUGUGCGGCUCCUCUGCAUGGCGCCGUCCAGCAGGGGCAUGGGAGGGGGAGGGGAUGAAGGAGGAAGCAGGUCCGGUUGGCUGUCAUGCCUCAGUGAGGGUGACAUCGACCGGCUUCUCCGCCUCCCAUCGGCUGACGUGGAGUCCGCCAUGACGCAUGUGGUGAGCAGCGGCGUCGACGUGUCGGUCUGGCCCGUCCCCGUGAUGUCGUGAGUGGGCAUGGCGGGAAAGGACGCCUGAAGGGGCAAGGGGGGAGGGAAUAAUGCGGGGGCGUGGUCCACCAGAUGCCACUGAUGAGCGGGAGGGGACGGAGAGGGAGAGGGGAAUGCUAGUGGACUCAUAGACUCCAGCGCUGGGCACGACCGAGAGCGCAUCAUCAUCACUUUGCCAUCGUCACCAUCUUGUCUCCUCUCGAGACCACGGGAGUGGCCGCAAUCGCCAUGCUCACCACCGACAAGCUCCACCCGUCUCCCUGACGGCAUCUCCCUCCUCUGCUCUCUCGGUGAGGGCGACAGUGAGCCACACACAGCGGGUGACAUACUGAAGAGCGACAGGGACCGCAGCAGAGGCGGAGGGCGGGGAGAGGGCAGGUGGGCGUAAUGCGUUGCCUCAUAAUCGCGGGGCGGGGUGGAUGACCGGCUGUAAGUUGGAAGUUGUUGUCGCGAUGGUGCCACAUGAUCGUGGUGGCGGGGGGUGGAAGAGUGGUCGAAUGCUGGGCUGCAGAAGGGGUCGUGUGUGGGCGUGGGCCUCUCGUGGCGCAUCAGGCUGUCGUCGUGACGCUGCUGCUCCUCUUCUUGCUCACACAGCUGUAGGCCCCCAGACGACGACACAUCGCUGACGUCGCCAUCGCCAUCGCCAUUGCUGCCCUCAACAGCAGCAUGGCUCUCCACCACAGCACUCGCCGACACGGGCAGGUGUGACACCGACGUGCUGCUCGUCGUGUCACGCCACAGUAAUGAGUCUUCUGCAGGCUUAUGGGAUUCCUUGCUGUUGCCAUGUUUGGUGAGGACCGUCAGUGUCUGUGCGGGUGGUGGCGAUGGGAGGGAGAGGGGCAGGUGGAGUGCGCGCAUCUGGUGCUCGAGGGAAGAGGCGUGUGUGGGCAGGGAGUCCAGCAGCACACAGACGGGCGAGUAGAAUACGAAUGACGCGACCACCUCUAUCACCAACCCACGGGUCAGCUGACAUGACACAAGAGAGAGAGGGAAGGCGGACACACACGCAGGGCAAGGGAGAGAGUGCCAUGCCAUCAACGGGCUCUGGGUCUUUCGUGUUGCCAGUAAGUACCUACCACUGAUUGAAUCUCCUCUGCGUAUUCAGGGGGCGUGCACAGCUGCACCAACACAUCGGCCAGCUGGCGGUAGUAGCUCUUCUCCUACACACAGCACGCUCUCACUCAAUCACUCUAGCAUCCCCCUCCCUUGAUCGGCCAGCCACGCCACCACCCCGCACACCGACCUUUGCGAAGCUCUCCACAGCGGCGUGGAAUGGCAGGCCCAGGCCGUCAGGGCCGCACAGGGAUCUCAAAGCGGCCAUCUCUCCUUCGCUACCCGCCCUCUGUGUCUGUGUGGGCGGCCCAUUGUUGAUGGUCUCAGUGGCAAACGACGGCACGCGCUCACAUAUCUGCCAGACAGACAGACAGACAGACAGACGCACACACAGGUGCAAUCAGGGCGUGUCAGGUCCAUCACUUACGAUGAUGUGGGCGUGCAGGAUGGCGAGCAGCUCGUCCAAGAGCCCACGCACAUCAACCCUGAUAGAUACAUACACCGAUGGAUGGACAAAGGAUGGAUGACAACCACCACACACAGACACACACAACACGCACACAGAACAAGCCAGCCUCAGAGCUGUGUAUACUGUCUGUGUCUGUCGCUGCCCACUGGCUGACCUUUGUAUCCUGCUGAUGACGUCUUCCAGUAUCAUGCGCAUCAUCCGCUGGAUCUCGCGGGGGAAGGUAUGGUCCGGCGGGUUGGACAGAGUGGUGUACCACGAGCUGAUGUACAUGUCAGCUGCCCACUGUGCAAACCGGUCGGCGAUGGCCGGCAGCCGCACCUGGUAGUCGUGCAAUGUCGAUAGGACAGAUGACGUGCCCUGAACACACAUUACACCACAGGAUGACAGACAUGGUGAAUCAAUGACAAGAUCUAUCUAUCGCCGUGUUUUCUUGUCCGAUGCUUGCUUUAACCUGGUGUUGAUAUGUGUGGCUGCUGUUGCCCCCAUUGGUCCGCCUCCAUUGGUACAGCACGCAGUUGAUCACCAGCGACACGCAACCGCACAUCAAUCUCCACAGCAGGGCCAAAAUCUGAGACGUGCCUCCUGAAACCAGUGCAGCUGCCAAAGCCAUGGCUAAC